AUGGAUUCUGCUGGCAGAGAAAAUGAGGGCACUAUCUCCCGCAAUGAUUUGUAUUCAUCAAAACUGGCAUCGCAAAAUAGCAGCGCUGGUCAGCACGUGGACUCACAACAACAAAAACAGCAGUUGACCGAAGAGCUCAGAGACUCUGAUUGGGAACAGCUGGAGGAAAAAUACGCAAAAGCCAUGGAAGAACAUGGUAAAUCUGAAGAGGAAUUGCAAGCCCAAGUCGCGAAAUUGCUGGAGGUCUUUGUAGCAUGGUCCCAAACCACUGUUUUACGCGACGAGGACAGAGCCUUGAAAAGGUUGAUCAGCACAAGGUGUCUGUUCAAGACACAAAUGCAGCACGUGCAGAACUCUGAAGAAAGAUUGGAAAACAAAAGGAAGCAUUAUACUGACGUGGUAAAAGCGUUUGAGAGCGCUCUUGCAUUGUUGAACGGUCGUGCGAGGCCCUAA